ACCACCAUCAUGGCGGUGGAGUACGAUGGAGGUGUUGUGAUUGGAGCAGACUCUCGCACCACCACAGGAGCUUACAUCGCCAACAGAGUGACGGACAAACUGACCCGGAUCCACAACCAGAUCUUCUGCUGCAGGUCCGGCUCGGCUGCAGACACUCAGGCCAUCGCUGAGGUCGUUGCCUACCAGCUGGGCUUCCACAGCAUCGAGCUGGACGAGCCCCCGCUGGUGGAGACGGCUGCCAACCUGUUCAGAGCCAGCUGCUACCGCUACAGAGAGGAGCUGAUGGCCGGGAUCCUGGUGGCAGGCUGGGACCGGAGGAAAGGAGGACAGGUGUACUGCAUUCCUAUUGGUGGGAUGUUGGUGCGGCAGCCCGUGGCGGUGGGCGGCAGCGGCAGCUCCUACAUCUACGGCUUCAUGGACUCCAACUACAAAGCAGGAAUGAGUAAAGACCAGUGUCUAGAGCUGACUGCCUCAGCUCUGGCUCUGGCCAUGGAGAGAGACGGCUCCAGCGGCGGCGUCAUCAGACUGGCGACCAUUUCUGAGGCCGGCGUGGAGCGACGCGUCAUCCUGGGAGACCAGCUGCCCAAGUUCUCCACCCACUGAGCAUGCUCAGUACCUCUGUUCAUGUCAGAUGUGUUAAUAAAGUUUUCAGUUGU